CUCGCCGGGACCGACUGUUCUGUCCUGUGCUCGACAGGAGCCAAUCCCCAGGACAAUAAUAUGCCCUCUUCUCUCUCCUGGCACAAGCAAGCAUCAGCGCGGUGGAUGAAGUGAUCCAAAGUCUGGGGGAAGAACUGCAGGCUCAUCGCGCAGAGACAAACACAAAAGGAUGGAUCAGAAGAAGGAGAAGGUCUCCGUUCCAAUGACUAAUAUAAAGUGCCCUCCAGACCCCUACGCCCAGGGAUAUUCAUCCUCGUACAUGCCAGAAUCGUACGCCCAGGAACCACAGACCAAAAAAUCAUACGGGAAAGGACCGCAGGCCUCGAAGUCAUAUGUCCCAGAACCACAGGCCCCCAAAUCCUACACUCCAGGUCUUUAUGAACCAAAAUCAUACACCCCGGAUCCAUAUGGACCGAAAUCGUAUCGCUCAGAUCCGUAUGCGCCAAAAUCAUAUAGCUCGGAUCCAUAUGCAUCAACGUCAUAUAGCUCAGAUCCGUACGCACCAGAGCCUUCUGCACCGGAACACAUCGAAUUCUCAGAAGACGGCUGCUCCUAUACCAUAGAAGUCACUGCUGGAGAUUGUCCGUCUCCGCCGCCCUACUCGAGUGUAGACGUUUGCUGUGACAAAACAGGAACAGGCUGCUGCGUCGUUAACCAGCCACCGCCAGUCGUGGUUGCCGGGAUCUUCUCCAGCGAGCCCGCCUCGACCAUCUGCCCCUGUUGCCGUCAGAUCAUCACCACCGAGGUUGUCUUCCGCGUGGGAUCGCUGACCUACGCUCUCUGCACUUGUAUGUGCAUGGUGGGCUGCUGCCUGGGCUGCUGCCUGAUCCCCUUCGCUAGCAAAUGCUGCAAGGACGUGGACCAUUACUGCCCCUGCUGCCGCUACCACAUCUACCGCUACAAGAGACUAUAGAGCCUUCCGGUGCCUCCUGCCCUGGUGGACUCGUCGGCCCCACCCUGAAGGCCUGUCAGGAGACGCCCUCCUCUGCUCUCCACUUCACCGUUGCCCGCCGCCGUCUCUCGAACUCGGCUCUUCGGAAGAGGGUGCCGCUCGGCGGGGCCACCGCGUCCACUAGCCGCUCCUCCGCUGUACCUUCCCCACCCUGAGGUUGCCAGCUCUGGUUCUGGGAGAUUCCUGGAGACCUGGACGGCGUGUUCGGAGAUGCUGGCGUUUGGGGAGGGAGCUGGGAGGGGGUGGGGAUGCGAUGCCCCACGCAGGCCGCCCUGCCGAGCUGCCGUUUCCUCCCAGGGAACUGAUCUCUGUGGGCUGCUGGAGACCUCUUGUCGUUUCCAAAAAACUGCAGGCCCCACCUGGAGACCGGUAGCCCUCAGUGGUCCCUCUAAGCUGAGUGAG